GGCGGUGGCGCGGACGGCGGCCGCGCAGGGCGCCUGAGCGGGCCCGGGCCAUGAGCGCCGCCCGGCCCCAGUUCAGCAUCGAUGACGCCUUCGAGCUGUCCCUGGAGGACGCGGGCCCUGUGCCCGAGUCCAACGGCAUCACCCGCUUCGGGCCGCUGCACUUCGAGCGCCGGGCCCGGUUCGAGGUGGCCGACGAGGACAAGCAGUCCCGGCUGCGCUACCAGAACCUGGAGAAUGAUGAGGAUGGAGCCCAGCCCUCUCCGGAGCCAGAUGGGGGAGUCAGCACCAGGGAUUCUGGCCAGACAUCCGUCCGCAGCUCCCAGUGGUCCUUUAGCACCAUCAGCAACAGUACCCAGCGCUCCUACAAUGCCUGCUGCAGCUGGACUCAACACCCUUUGAUCCAGAAGAACCGCCGGGUGGUGUUGGCCUCCUUCCUGCUCCUGCUGCUGGGGCUGGUGCUCAUCCUGAUCGGCGUGGGACUGGAGGUGGCUCCUUCGCCAGGUGUCUCCAGCGCCAUCUUCUUCGUGCCUGGCUUCCUGUUGUUGGUGCCGGGAGUCUACCACGUGGUCUUCAUCUACUGCGCCGUCAAGGGCCACAGGGGCUUCCAGUUCUUCUACCUGCCCUACUUCGAGAAGUGAGCCGCC